AUGGCAGACCUGCUGCCGGUUGCAGCGGGAAAACUCCCCCGAACGGCGAGGCUCAGCGAGCUUCUGAACACUUCCUUCGCGUGGGUUGCGAUCUUUGCUGGGCUGGUGUUUCUGGUCGGGGUGGUAUUGAUCUUCGACACCACGGACGUCCCGCACAUCAGACACAUGCCCUCCGUACCUGGGCUUCCCAUACUUGGAAGUCUUGCUCAAUUGGGGAGCGAGCAGCCCCGGCGGCUGGCAGAGUUGUCCAAGAAGUAUGGACCGGUAUUCCAGAUCAGGUUGGGAAACAAAAGGUUCGUCGUUGCAAACAGCUUCGAUUCCGUCCGGCAACUCUGGGUCGGUAAUCAGUCAAGCCUGAUCUCGCGGCCGACAUUGCACACCUUUCACAAUGUGCUGUCUUCAUCGCAAGGAUUCACCAUUGGCACAUCACCAUGGGAUGAAUCUUGCAAAAGGCGACGCAAGGCUGCCGCCACUGCAUUGAACAGACCUUCUGUUGCGUCUUACAUGCCAUUUGUCGACUUGGAAUCCUAUGCCAGCAUCAAAGAACUGGUGGACCAUAUCGGGGGAGGCGAGGGCCAAGUCGACCUCGACCCCUAUCCCUUGUUUCAACGCCUGGCACUGAAUUUGAGCCUGACUCUUGGCUAUGGAUUCCGCAUUGGCGGCUCGGUCGACAACAAUCUUUUGCGUGAGAUUAUCACUGUUGAACGGAGCAUCAGCACCCUCCGAAGCACCAGCAACAACUGGCAAGAUUUUGUCCCGCUGCUGAGGAUUUUCUCUACGCGGUCUAACCACGCAUCUGAGCUUCGGCACCGGCGAGAUGUUUACCUGGAAUACCUCUUGCAAAGACUGAAGGAAAAGAUCGCCAAUGGCUCCGACGUCUCUUGUAUCACUGGGAACAUCCUGCAGGAUCCCGAAUGCAAGCUAAAUCACGCGGAGAUCAAAUCAAUCUGUGUGACGAUGAUUGCCGGAGGCCUGGAUACCACUCCGGCCUGCAUGCUGCUAGGCACUGCCAUUCUUUCGGGGCCCCAAGGGGCCUCACUGCAGAAGAAGCUCCUCGACGAAAUCGACCGCAUCUAUCCCGACGGAGACGCCUGGGGAAAGUGUCUCGUGGAAGAAAAAUGUGCCUACAUGAUGGCCUUUUGCAAAGAAGUCCUUCGCUUCUGGACGGUCAUCCCCAUGUCUCUGCCACGAGUGAGCAUCAAAGAUGUGGUCUACCAAGGGGCAACCAUCCCUGCCGGAACGACGUUCCUCAUGAAUGCGUGGGCGGCCGAUCACGACGCAGAUCACUUCCAGGCCCCCGAAGAGUUCAGGCCGGAACGCUUUCUAGACCUCGCAGAAGGCUCGGGGACGCAGCAUUUCGCCUUCGGCGCAGGCUCGCGCAUGUGCACCGGCUCGCACCUGGCGUACAGGGAGAUGUACGUCACGUUUAUCCGCAUGCUUGUCGCCCUUGAAGUCCUGCCAGCCGAGGAUCCGGCGCAGCGCCCGGUCUUGACGGGCCCCCUCGAGUGCAACGCCAACCCGACGGGGCUGUCCAUCGAGCCGAAACCGUUCAAGAUCGGGUUCCGCGUGCGUGACUGGGGGCGCCUUCGAGAAUGGUUUGCGCAGACGGUCGAGGCCACCAGCCACAUUGAGCAAUGA